AUGGACGCUACCCCUGCUCAGCGUAUGGGACAAGCUCGCAGGAAUCCCGCCCUCGACCUAGAUGAUUGGGAUUCAGUGCCCCCGUCCAAACGUAAGAAACUUCGAAGAGGAACUCGCAGCUGCUGGGAAUGCAAGCGACGAAAGAUGAAAUGCGUAUUUGAUAGUCCCGAUGACGCAGUCUGCGUUGGCUGUGAUAGACGUUGGACCAAAUGCGUGAGCCAGGAGUUCCCGGAGAAAGUGUCCACCCCUUUGGACAACCGCCAGUUGCGGGAUCGCCUGCGACGAGUGGAGACUCAACUUGACCAAUUUCUUGCUGCGGGCGACAAUGGCCAAACAAUGGCUGAAGAUGGCCCGCCGCUGGACCACGGCAUCCCAACGCCGGCCUCGACGUACAAACGUCCCUCAAAUCACGCGUCUCCUGCAUCUCAUCGGCCCAUUCAUACCCCGGCCGAGGAAGAACAUCUUCAUGACCAUCUCAAUCUCGACAGACCUUCAGUCCCUGCCCAGGUUGGCGGCGCUUCCGGAGCCAAUGCAUUGUCUCGGACUCUCUUCGAUUCCUUGCCCUCGCGGCAAGAUACCGCCCGGAUCUACAAGGCCUGUGGUAGCCACCAUUCUAUUCCAUUCCAUGAAAUCCUAACAACCCCAUACGGUAUUCUCGAUCGGCAUGGCCUUCGGUCGCAAAGUCGCCUGCUCGAGAUCCCGGAUCAGAACGUCAACCCGGUUCUGAUAGCACGUCACAUGCUGCAUCUAGCGAGCUUCCUCCAGCACCUGCACCCAGAUCUCCAUGAAGAGCUUCGGAGUCUCUCGGAGCCACCACAAGUCAUACGCGAACGACUAGCGGACAAAGCGAUCAAUUUGGUGGCCACAAAUGACAGUUUCGUGGGCAGCAUUGAGUUUCUAGAAUGUAUUAUGCUCGAGAGCCUGUAUCAAGCCAAUUGCGGAUAUCUACGACGAAGCUGGAGGACAGCGCGGCGAGCCAUGACUAUCGCGCAGUCCAUGGGCUUUCAUAGGUCGGGGGACCGGGCUCAGUACACGGUCCUCCACCCGGAGACCAAGGCGUACCCACAGUUCAUGUGGUUCCGCCUUGUCUUUUACGAUCGACAACUGUGUCUUAUGCUCGGUAUGCCACAGGGGACCACAGAUCGGAGUAUGGCGUCAGAUACAAUGCUCGCCAAGGAUUCGGCCAGCGGUCGUCUUGAACGAAUCCACUGUGUCAUCGCAUCGCGAAUUUUGGAGCGCAACGAAUCUGACUCGGCCAGCUAUGAUUACGCCUGGACGCAGGAGAUCGAUAAGGAGCUGCAGCGAGCGGCCCGGAGCUUGCCAAGCCGGUGGUGGCUGGUCCCGAACCUCAGUGGCCAGACGAAAGACUCACAGGCUUUGUUCUGGGAAAUGCGGCGACUGUCAGAACAAUUAUUUCACUACAACCUUCUCAACCAGCUUCACCUUCCCUAUAUGCUUCGCGACUCGGUUGAGCGCAAAUUCGACUACUCCCGAAUCACUUGUGUCAACGCCUCUCGAGAGAUCUUAUCCCGCUUCAUCAUGCUGCGCCGCUGGAACCAAGUAGCUUUUAGUUGCCGCACCAUCGAUUUCACCGCCCUAAUGGCCGCCAUGACCCUGCUAUUGGCUCAUUUGGAUAGCCACCGCUCCCCAACGGUCGACAAUUUCCUCGCUGCCCAAUACUUGGGCGACCGUGCCAUGAUUGAGCAGGCACAGGAAAACAUGGAGGAGCUCAACCGUCUGAACUCCGAUACUUUGAGUGCACGAAGCGCUCAAUUGCUGGGCCGGUUGCUCGCCAUCGAAGCCAAAGCAGCUGAAGGUGACCUCCAAAGUGCCCAAAGCGUAAGCGUACGAGGGCCCGAGACUGAAGAAUCACAACCCGGUGACACGACGAUCCCUGGCAAAAACGAAUAUAUUCCGUAUUUCGGGGUCGUUAAAACUGCGGGCGUGAGUCACGCUGACAGGAUGAAUUCCCAAGCACAAUAUGUGCCACCGGCAAAUUACCGACAGAGCCAAUCCCCGGUCGUCAUGCGAGCCGGGACGGAUGCAGAGACGCAAGCACAGCCGAACUCUCUCGCAACAUCUAUAUUUCCAGAUCCCCAUAGCAAUCAUCACCGUAAGAAAAUAAACAGCAACAGCAACAACAAUGACGUAACUGCCCUCUUUGCGCCGCUACUUUCGGAGGUUCUCUCAGAUGAUCCCAUGCAGCAGUUUGAAUACCCUGGGACGGCAGCUAGAAUUGAGGAUGAUCCAUUUCAGGAUCUCGACUUGGCUUUCUUGGAUAACUUGAUGAAAGACACAGGAGAUUAUGGACCAGGUGGCACAGAAUGGGCCGCGGCAUGA